UCGCGUUAUCUUGAGGAGGGCGAUGUGCGUGCUAGUGACGUCAUGUCAUCUCUCCCGCUGCGUGCUUCCGUGUGACGUCAUGAGAUCCCAGGAGCUGCUUCUGUGCGCGCAACUCUCUAGGAUCGGAGAGUGGUGAACCUGGAAUGCUGGAUUGGUGACGUUUGCACGGCAGUGGGUUCAGCCUGCUUGGACAGUGCUUGGGCAAAACCUUCCCUGUCACUGAGUGAGGAGGCAGACUGACCAGUGGCUUCCAAGUCAGUAAUCAAUCGCAUGAAGAAGAGAGGCUCGGCAAAGGCUGGAAGUAAAAGGCACCAAUGCAUCCAGUGUCCAUAUAGCACUGAUCAGAUGGGUAACUUGAAGAGACAUCAAACAAAACACACAGGAGAGAAGUCCUUCAAGUGCAGUGUAUGUGGUAAGGCAUUUGCAGAAUCCAUUUUUCUUAAGAAACAUAAUAGAACACAUGCGGGCGAGAAGCCCUUCAAGUGCACUGUGUGUGGCAAGACACUUGCUCUUUUAGAAACUCUUAAAAUUCAUCAGAGAACACACACUGGUGAGAAGCCCUUCAAGUGCACUGUGUGUGGGAAGUCAUUUGCUCAAUUAAAAACUCUUCAUAUUCAUCAGAGAUUACACACAGGCGGGGAACCCUUCAAGUGCAGUGUAUGUGGUAAGGCAUUUGCCGUGUCAGCAUAUCUUAAGAAACAUAUUAAAACACACAUCGGCGAGAAGCCCUUCAAGUGCACUGUGUGUGGCAAGACAUUUGCUCGUUCAGAAGCUCUUCAUAUUCAUCAGAGAACACACACCGGUGAGAAGCCCUUCAAGUGCACUGUGUGUGGGAAGGCAUUUGCUCAAUCAUUAACUCUUCAUAUUCAUCAGAGAACACACACCGGUGAGAAGCCCUUCAAGUGCACUGUGUGUGGAAAGUCAUUUGCUCAUUCAAACACUCUUCAAAUUCAUCAGAGAACACACACAGGCGAGAGGUCCUUCAAGUGCAGUGUAUGUGAUAAGGCAUUUGCAGAGUCAGCAUACCUUAAGAAACAUAUUAGAAUACACACCGGCGAGAAGCCCUUCAAGUGCACUGUGUGUGGCAAGACAUUUGCUCGUUCAGAAACUCUUCAUAUUCAUCAGAGAACACACACCGGUGAGAAGCCCUUCAAGUGCACUGUGUGUGGGAAGACAUUUGCCCGUUCAAAAACUCUUCAUUUUCAUCAAAGUACACACACCGGCGAGAAGCCCUUCAAGUGCACUGUGUGUGGGAAGGCAUUUGCUCGUUCAGAAACUCUUCAUAUUCAUCAAAGUACACACAUGGGUGAGAAGCUCUUCAAGUGCACUGUGUGUGGGAAGGCACUUGCUCAUUCAAGCACUCUUCAAAUGCAUCAGAGAAGACACAGAGGCGAGAGGCCCUUCAAGUGCUGUGUAUGUGGUAAGGCAUUUGCAGAGUCGGCAUAUCUUAAGAAACAUAAUAGAACACACACGGGCGAGAAGCCCUUCAAGUGCACUGUGUGUGGUAAGGGAUUUGCAGAGUCAGAAAUUCUUAAGAAACAUAAUAGAACACACAUGGGUGAGAAGCCCUUCAAGUGCACUGUGUGUGGGAAGGAGUUUACAUUAUCAGGAAACCUAAAGAGGCAUGAGAAAAUCCACAAGGAGAAAGUGAAAUCGACUCGUGAAAGUCAACAUGCUGCAAUGAGCCCAUCUCUCAUGAAACGAGAAUCAGAAGAAAAUUCCCACUUGGGAACACGGCCAGGAGUGACAGUGAAAUGUGAAGACGUUAAAUGUGAAGAAGUGACGGUGAAAUUUGAAGAUUCGACUCCAGGACCCAAUCUACAAGUGGAUGGAGGCAGCGUGAAGCAGGAGGAGCAUUCCGAUUCUGAAGGAGAGCGAGGCAAUCCCCAGCAGUUUGUGGAUGUGGAGGUGUGGGUGGAGUUUUUGGACAAAGCUGAGUAUGUAUGUGUCUGCAGAAUCAAUCGCAUGAAGAAGAGAGGCUCGGCAAAGGCUGGAAGUAAAAGGCACCAAUGCAUCCAGUGUCCAUAUAGCACAGAUCAGAUGGGUAACUUGAAGAGACAUCAAACAAAACACACAGGAGAGAAGUCCUUCAAGUGCAGUGUAUGUGGUAAGGCAUUUGCAGAAUCCAUUUUUCUUAAGAAACAUAAUAGAACACAUGCGGGCGAGAAGCCCUUCAAGUGCACUGUGUGUGGCAAGACACUUGCUCUUUUAGAAACUCUUCAAAUUCAUCAGAGAACACACACUGGUGAGAAGCCCUUCAAGUGCACUGUGUGUGGGAAGUCAUUUGCUCAAUUAAAAACUCUUCAUAUUCAUCAGAGAUUACACACAGGCGGGGAACCCUUCAAGUGCAGUGUAUGUGGUAAGGCAUUUGCCGUGUCAGCAUAUCUUAAGAAACAUAUUAAAACACACAUCGGCGAGAAGCCCUUCAAGUGCACUAUGUGUGGCAAGACAUUUGCUCGUUCAGAAGCUCUUCAUAUUCAUCAGAGAACACACACCGGUGAGAAGCCCUUCAAGUGCACUGUGUGUGGGAAGGCAUUUGCUCAAUCAUUAACUCUUCAUAUUCAUCAGAGAACACACACCGGUGAGAAGCCCUUCAAGUGCACUGUGUGUGGAAAGUCAUUUGCUCAUUCAAACACUCUUCAAAUUCAUCAGAGAACACACACAGGCGAGAGGUCCUUCAAGUGCAGUGUAUGUGAUAAGGCAUUUGCAGAGUCAGCAUACCUUAAGAAACAUAUUAGAAUACACACCGGCGAGAAGCCCUUCAAGUGCACUGUGUGUGGCAAAACAUUUGCUCGUUCAGAAACUCUUCAUAUUCAUCAGAGAACACACACCGGUGAGAAGCCCUUCAAGUGCACUGUGUGUGGGAAGACAUUUGCCCGUUCAAAAACUCUUCAUUUUCAUCAAAGUACACACACCGGCGAGAAGCCCUUCAAGUGCACUGUGUGUGGGAAGGCAUUUGCUCGUUCAGAAACUCUUCAUAUUCAUCAAAGUACACACAUGGGUGAGAAGCUCUUCAAGUGCACUGUGUGUGGGAAGGCACUUGCUCAUUCAAGCACUCUUCAAAUGCAUCAGAGAAGACACAGAGGCGAGAGGUCCUUCAAGUGCUGUGUAUGUGGUAAGGCAUUUGCAGAGUCGGCAUAUCUUAAGAAACAUAAUAGAACACACACGGGCGAGAAGCCCUUCAAGUGCACUGUGUGUGGCAAGACAUUUGCUCGUUCAGAAACUCUUCAUAUUCAUCAGAGAACACACACGGGCGAGAAGCCCUUCAAGUGCACUGUGUGUGGUAAGGGAUUUGCAGAGUCAGAAAUUCUUAAGAAACAUAAUAGAACACACACGGGUGAGAAGCCCUUCAAGUGCACUGUGUGUGGGAAGGAGUUUACAUUAUCAGGAAACCUGAAGAGGCAUGAGAAAAUCCACAAGGAGAAAGUGAAAUCGACUCGUGAAAGUCAACAUGCUGCAAUGAGCCCAUCUCUCAUGAAACGAGAAUCAGAAGAAAAUUCCCACUUGGGAACACGGCCAGGAGUGACAGUGAAAUGUGAAGACGUUAAAUGUGAAGAAGUGACGGUGAAAUUUGAAGAUUCGACUCCAGGACCCAAUCUACAAGUGGAUGGAGGCAGCGUGAAGCAGGAGGAGCAUUCCGAUUCUGAAGGAGAGCGAGGCAAUCCCCAGCAGUUUGUGGAUGUGGAGGUGUGGGUGGAGUUUUUGGACAAAGCUGAGUAGGAGGGGCCAGCACGUGUGAAAUGGCCCCUUGGAAGAUGUGUAACCUGGAGUUUGAGACAAUUUUCCAUAGCAUUCGCCUUAUUCACAGGCUUCUGUCAUUUCAAGAAUGCCUAGGGGUUUAGUGUCAUCCAAGCAGAGAUGGGCUUUCUGUGCAUAUGAAGUUAUUGAGUGUCGACGUUUAAUAGUCGAUAUGCAAAGCAUUAUGCUUCCUUAUAAAACACGAAUUAUAAUGUUUUUUGAUGGUUACGUAUUAAAUGAAUAAAUAUGAAUUAUAACUGUUGGGCAUUACUAUUAAAGUAGCUGUCAGGUGUGGCCGUGCCUUUCUGCAUGCUCCCAAUCUGUUUUUAUGAUUGGUUUUUAAAUGCCCUUUAAAAAAAAGAAAAGGUAACCAUUUUUGGAAUAUUUAUAUUUGGCUUUAUACACUAAAUAUAUAUAAAUGGUACCAGCAGAGGUCUGAAAGUGUACUGUACAUCCCACCUGAUGGCUAUGCACGCACCUUGCAUAGUGUAGUGUCAAGUAUGCAGCUCAUACUGAAUACUAGUAUAUGGUAAAUUUUGUAAUGUGUGGUGAAAUGUGUGUAUGUCUGGUGAUGUAUAGUAUACUUACAGUGCAUAGUCUAAGAAGCCGGCUUAAACUUUUCACGUGACGAAUCGCACACAAUGUAUCAUUGCACUCAGUCGCGAGUUGCAGUCCAAAGGUGUUGAAUGAGAGUAAAGUUCUGCAUCUUGACGCUGUGUUGUAUAUGGCGGGUCUUGAAAACUUAAUAAAAAUAAUAAAAAUGAAUUGAAGUUUAAAAA